ACUGCAACAAGUACCCACACACACACACAUUAUAUCCAAUCACAGCUCACCAGCUUUUCAUAACUUUCUUUUUCUUGGUGGUUCCUCUUUGUUGGAAAAACUUAGCAAUCUUUGUUUAGAUUCAUUUCUCCAAGCCUGGUUACUUGCUUUUCAUCACCUUGCAUAUAAUAGCUCUUUCCUAUUUUGGGAUCCAAUCUUUUUCUUUUCUGUGCUUAAUUGUUUUUCUUUUUUAUCAUUAUUUCUUCUCUUUUCUUUGUUGCUCAGACAGGGAAAAGGAAGAAAGAACAGUUUUUUUUUUGAACCAGCUUUUCUGUACCUUCACCUGCUCAUAAAUUCUUAGCUCUCUCUGCUGUUUCCUAAUUUGGUUUGCACAUUCAUUGUGUUCAGUUCCUCUCCAUCUAUUUUCUUUCCCAAUUGGGGUUGUCUUGUUUUUCUCUAUCCCAGUUCCAGUUUAUUGAGUUUAGAUCUUACAAGUGUUUCAGUGUUAUCUUAUUAGACCAAUUAGAUAACAGAUAAAAGUCUUUCAAUCUUCAUUCAAUAUCAAUUUGGAGCAUUCUCUCUGAAUUUUCUGUCAAGUGGGUCUUUUCUAGAUUCUUGAAAAGUAUUCUAUCAUAAAAGGGUAUUCUGAUUCCCUUCCAAAUGCUUGUGAAUUUGUCCCUGAGAAAAUUGUUCUGCAAUAGCCUGUGCUUGUGAAUUGAUGCAAUGAAGUGGGAAAUGGAAAUCCUCUCUCCUGCACCUUUUUCACCCAACUCCAGUUGGUGUGUGGAAGAUAACAAUAGGAGCACAAGAUGGACUUCUGCAGAGAACAAGCUGUUUGAAAAUGCCCUGGCAGUGUAUGAUAAGGACAUGCCGGAUCGUUGGCACCGAGUGGCUGAAAUGAUUCCAGGGAAGACAGUUGAGGAUGUGAUCAGGCAGUACCAGGAGUUAGAAGUAGAUGUUUGCAAUAUAGAAGCUGGUUUGGUCCCAGUUCCUGGAUAUACCACUCCAAUCUCACCCUUCACCUUAGAUUGGGUGAACACUCCAGGGUAUGAUGGCUUCAAAGGAAGUGGAAAGAGAUCUUCCUCAGUUAGAACUCCUGAGCAGGAAAGGAAGAAAGGAGUGCCAUGGACUGAAGAAGAACACAAAUUGUUUCUACUGGGUCUGAAGAAGUAUGGCAAAGGUGAUUGGAGGAACAUUUCGCGCAAUUUCGUCAUCACGCGAACCCCAACUCAGGUGGCUAGCCAUGCUCAGAAAUACUUCAUCAGACAACUCUCAGGAGGCAAAGAUAAGAGGAGGGCUAGCAUCCAUGACAUAACAACAGUUAAUCUCUCAGAAACCACCAACAAUUCUUCUCCAGAAGACACCAAUAGAUCCACUUCACCACAACAUUCCAUGAUGCUCUCGCACCAGCACCAGUAUCAGCAGCAGCCAAAUUCUACUCCUAUUACACCCAGAUCCCAUUUUCAGUGGAACAAUCAGCCGAAUUCGGGAGCAGCAAUGAAUUUCAAUCCUGCACAUGAAAAAGUUUUCAUGUCUCCACAUGGUGUUAACUCCUAUGGAGUUAGUAUGCAGGGUCAAAAUCUGCACAAGGGUGCUCUUCAUGAGUCUUCUUACUUAGGACCUCUGUCACAGAAUAUGGUUUUCCAAGGGCAACAGUCUUCCCAACAAUAUUCCCAUGCAUAAAUGGGUAGAAACAGAAUCUUUGUUUUAUGCAGUAGUGCAGUGUUUGUGCUUUUUCCCAAUUUCUAUGUGAAUAUCUUACAUUAGGAUUUUAUUAAGUCAUUGGUAUAUGAACUUGAAGGAAGGUGCAUGCAUUUGUUUCUUCCAUGGUAAAAAAAAACUUCCUAAAAGGUGAAAGCCUCCGAGGCAAGCAAGUUCCCAAUGUUGGGUCUGGGGUUGGUUUUUUCUAUGUUGUUGCCUUGUUGGAGAAUAAUUGGUUUCAAGCCAGGUUUAUAAUGGAAAAUGUCAAGCUCACUUUAAAUUUGAAAAGCUGCAAGGCACAUGUGUAUCUGGAGGAUACCGGUACUAAUGAUUAUUUGAUGCCAAAUAUCAUUGGGGAAGAUAUACAUUAUUUGAUAACUUGGCAUUGAUUCUUCAAAGGUGAAAUUAAGAUGGUACUGUGCAUUAGUAGACCAACCCUCUGAGCUGCUUAGUGAAAGACCAAAAGGACAGUACUAAGAUUAGUAUUUUCACAAAAGUUUGAAAGUGCAGCACAUGCUAUGCAACUGUAAAGUUGUCUAUUUUAUUUUGAGGGGGUGCAUCACAAGUGUUCUCCAUGACAGUUAGUCCUAUACUCCUAUUAGAGCCAAAAACAUCUACAUCAUAGUCGGGCAAGCUCUUCCACUAUGGUGUUUUCCAUUCACAAGACUCGAACUUCAGAUAUUGUUUAAGGAGAAUCAGACAUGUAUCACCUGAACCAACCGAACCAUUAUCUUGUUGUAGAGUGUAAAGUUGUCUAUGCCAAUAAAAAGUUUAUACAGGCAACUUUUCAAAAGUAAAUGUCUUUGAAACCUGAUCUCUUUUAUGUAAAUUCCAUAACUUCAUGGAGAUCUUGUGAUUAAGAUACAAGGAGUCAAGUAAUGAGAUUAAUAAAACAAUAAAGACUGGUGCCCGCUAGGGUGGACAACUUUGAAAUUGGUCCACCCAUGGACCAAGGGGUUCUUUAGUAAUUUACAACAGAUAAAAAAAAAUUAAACCCUAAAAUUUUCACCCCUUCACCCACUCUAGUCGUUUUCACCAUCUUCCUCUCCUCUCUGAUCUCUUCUGCUCUCCACCACCACCACCUUCUUCUUUUUCCUCUUCUCCGGCCAUCUCUGCGGCUCUCGUCUCUCGGUCUCUUCUUCUCUUCACUUGUCAUCCUCUCCGCCGCCAUCACUUUCUUCCUUUUCGUUUCUGCACUUCUCCGGCCACCACCUUCGCCUCUUCUUCUUCUUCGACCCUCUCUUUUCUACACCCAACCUCCUCCGCCCCUCUCCGACCCUUCAAUCUCCCUUAAAUCAUCAAAAACCUCACCUUUCUCCCUGAAAUCCGGCAUCCCCAUCACUUCCCGUCAUCAACUUCAUCAGAUCGGAGCAAAGGUGCUUCCUUUUCCACCAGAUCGGACCAAAGGUGGUUCAUUUUCUACUUGAUCGGAGGAAAUAAAGAUCUUUUUCACACAUGCAAUCGAUUUGAGGUAUGCUUUUGUAGAUUGGAGCAAUACUGCAAGGUUGGAGCUUCUCAAUCAAGACCAAGCUUCUGUAAUUUUUUUUUAUGUUUUUUUUUAUGUAAUAUUGCAAGAAAUUCCCUCUUCUGUUCUGCAGUUUUUGUGUUUUUUUCUGUAAUAUUUAAAAAAUUUAUAAAUUCGUAAUAAAUUUUAUGACUAUUCAAUGCAAA